UUGAAUCUUUCCAAACCUGUGAACCUUGACAUCAUGAGCUACUACGGAGGCUACUAUGGAGGCCUGGGCUAUGGCUAUGGCUCUGGUUAUGGCUGUGGAUGUGGAAGCUACCGUGGCCUAGGCUAUGGCUAUGGAGGCUGUGGCUGUGGAAGCCUGGGCUAUGGUGGUUAUGGCUAUGGAGGCCUGGGCUAUGGUAGCUAUGGCUAUGGCUGCUGCCGCCCAUCUUGCUGUGGAAGGUAUUCUUCCUAUGGCUUCUACUGAAAGACUAUCUGCUCCUGCAGGAUCAUGGAAUCCUUGUCCAAGCCAGCUUGAGGUGAACUACAUGACUUUGGAAGGACAUGAUAUUCUUUCUACAGCUGGGUGACAUAGGAGAACAUCUUGGAAUCCUUAUGGACCACUCAGGGAAGUGAAGUGGCAGGGACUGGGAUGCAGCCAGACCCACCCUUCUGGAAUUGAAGCAGAAUCUCACAUUUCAUGAGGGAGACUCCUCCAGUAGCAAGUCAUUUCCAGCAAGUUUGCUCAGCUCUGAUAUACCAUGGCUGAUGAAUCAGUUGGGAUUUCCAAAUAAAGUUGUUUCACUGACUUAAUAAAA